CAACCAAACUCAUCGAGCACAUUUUCUUUGCGUGCAGGCGUUUGCUCAGUAUCGUACUCUGUGGGCACACUGGCGUUUCCAGGUCUUGAUGGCUGCUACCUGCCGAAGCAAGAAAAUGUCUUUAUCCACGCUGUGUUGGACGAGCUGGAUGAUUUUCUACAGAAAGAUGAACCGAAGAGUGUUCUUCUCUUUCCACCUCUCCCAAGUCGACUUCGCUACUUGAUCCACAAAAGCGUAGAGAGCCACCCGGAGCUCAGCACCUUCUCUGUCGGGGAAGGCUGGUGUCGCAGGGUGGUGGUGUGCUUCUCCCACCUCAGGUUACCCGCUGAGGAAGACAGCAGCGAGACAAACUCCAGUGCGUAUGAGGCUCCACUCUGCCGAAGCCGUCCACCCAUGGAGAGCAGCAGAGCAGGAGGAAGAGGAGGAGGAGGAGGGGAGCAGAGGGAUGGAGGCAGCGCAAGGAGGGCGUCGCGAGGAGCACGGAGACCUGACCAGGCCAUCUAUGUACCACGGGCACUCCGGCAGAGGGGCUCCCCAGGAGGCGGAGGGUCGUUGUCUCACCCCCACCAGGGAGGCUCGGCGGAGCAGACGGAGAGCGAGAGUGUCAGCGUCUCCUCGUCUUGCUGCAGCCUGAGUUACAGUGCCUCUGAAGAGUCCGGCAUCGAGUCCUGCAACACGGACACCAGCACCAGCACCAGCAGCAGUCUGCAGCCGCCUCUGCCUCCGCCUCCCACCACCACCAUCUCCACCACCAGUCAGUACGUUGUUCCACCACCGUCAGAGUGGCUGCCACGCCCCCUGGACGACCAGGCUCGCCACCGGGAACUGUUUGGCCAGAGCAUGGCCUCGGACCAGUGUCCCUGGCCACCGACGUGGGGACACACCAUGUCCUACUUCAUGGGCAUGAGCCUGGAGGAUAGGCCAGGAGAGGAGGGGGAGCAGGAGGCGGAGGAGCAGGGGAGAGAAGAAGAUGAACAGGGGGAGGAGGAUGAAGAUGAGAGUGCGCAGAGUGUUGGUGGUACAGGAGCACCGCCGUCCACUGGCUCCGGCAGCAGGGAGAGAGACGCUGGAGACUUCACAUAUGAGAUCAUCAGCAAGCUGACGGAAGAGGACAUCACCAUUGAGCAUGCCCAGGGAGACUAUUCCGCCUUUGAGGUAGUGAGUGUCAACGAGGAGGAGUUUACCCACGUCAUCGAGAUCUUCGGCUUCCCCGCCAUGUUCAAGACCGGCGACCUGCUCGAUGCCUUCAGCGAAUACAGCGGUGGAGGUAUGAAGAUCAAAUGGGUGGACGACACACACGCUCUGGGAGUCUUCUCCUCUGAAACAGCAGCUGCAAACGCCCUGUCCAUCAGGCACCCUCUGCUGAAGACGCGACCGCUAUCACAGGCCAGCAAGCAGGCCAAAGGCAAGGCUAUCAAGCGCGCAGAGUUCAUCCAGCCUGUGAAGGAGCGUCCUCGCACAGACACAGCGGUGGCUCGCCGCAUGGUGACCAGAGCUCUGGGGCUGCAGCGCGGCGGGCAGAGGGGCAAACGAUACUGAGACUGCCACACCACCUCAGACCACACCUACACUACACCUACUCCUACACUACACUACACUACGCAGAAGCGAUAAUGAGGCUGUCACACCACACAACAUGGGAGCGAUGCUGAGACUGUCUCAACACACCACACGGGGGCGAUGUUGAGCCUCGCCACACUACCACACUACACCACAUGGGGGCGACACAUCACACGACAAUACACGGGUGGACUUCAUGAACCCAUGUCAUCACUGAUUCAUUAGUCUCCUCUGUGUCUGCAGAAGGACAUCUGGGAGCAUUUAGGGCCUUCUCGGACUGUUGCCCUCAAAAUAUAUCCAUUAAUUGGUGUACCUGUCUUUUCUCUUAUAAAUAUUUGUCCCUUUUUUCUGCAUGGGAUUCGUCAAUUUUGCAUUGAUGCAACAUGGACCUAAUGCCAGAUAGCCAGUUAUUGACCGUAAAAAAAGAACAAAAAAUGGACGAUCCCUUGUGAAAGUGAUUGUUCUUGACAAUAGUACAUUUAUGAGACUGAAGGACGACUUCUGCCAAUAUCUGUAGGAAUGUGGUUCCCAAACUUUUUCAGCUAGGACCCCCAUUAAUAGUUUGUCCACAAAUAUUGCUAAAAAUCACAGGACGGCACUUAUCUAUUACCCAUACAAGUAAAUACAAGUCCCUUUUGUACGUGGCACCCCUUCAGUACGUUCGUGAACACCAUAGGGGUCCCGACCCCCAGUUUGGGAACCACUGCUGUAGUGACUGUACAUGUUGUGUGAUGUACAGACUUAAAUACCAGCCGUCCAAAUAUCCAUCCAUUUCAGUCCUAAGCAGUCUUUGUGGUUGUCAGUCUCUCAUUGUUUUUCUGAUGGCCAAUUGAGACAUUACAAUUUAACUUUUUUUUUUCCAAUGUUUUUCUACUUUCUGUUUUUUCUUUUUAUAAGAGGAGUAUUGUAGGUGUGAAACCAGUAUAGUAUUUGCAAGAUAAGAUAACGUUAUGGUUCUGAUCUCUUUGUUUCUGUCUUUUUUGUCUUUAUUUUAUUUCUGUUCCCGUUGCUUCCAAAACAUUGAUUUAAAUUAUUUAUUAUUAUUUUUAACAUUGGGAUGCUGUUUCAAGGCUUUGUUUACAAGGGCAUGCUUUUAAAGGGUUAACAACAUCUUACCUGUACCAAACAUUGGGUGCAAGUUAUUUCUCCAAACUCGUGUAGUUUCCUCCUGUUCAGUUUUGGUAAAGUCAGUUUGAUAUUGGACGCUCAUCUAAGGGCCUCUGCACACCGGCUCCGACAAAGUGCGGAGCACUGCUCUGCCAAAGUUUGAUGCUACUCUUUUCAAUACAACUCCGCACACUGACACCGAGGGAGAGCUCUAUUUGUCGGAGCCACCCAUUGAUUAUCUGCUGUGAUGAAAUUGGCCAUUCAUUGCAGUAGCUCUGUCUGCGCCGGUGUGCGGGUGUUACCAAAAUUGUUGGAGCAGGUGUGAGGAUUCCCUAACUUUGAAAAUGUAAAUUUGAUCUACCUGAAAGAUGGCACAAACCAACCAUCUUUGGAACAUAAGCAGAAUUUACAGGGGCACUUUUUGUUUAAAGCAAUUAACUGUUUACAUGGGCAGUUUCAUGACAUUAUCAAAGUCGACAACAAGGGCAGAGGAAAGGAUGCAAGCCCAUGGCCACCCAUGGAAAGGACAUGAAUUAACUGUAAAUGUAACUGUUUGGAGUGGACGAAGCACUUACUACCUAAUCGCAGAUGUUACUUUUUUCUUUUUUUCAAGCAACCUUGAGUAUUGUUCUGAGUUUUUAAUAACUAGGUUUUUCAUGUUUUGUACAGUAAAAUUAAAUAUAUUGGGUUUGUAA